AUGGAGACCGAUGUGCUAUUUGAUGAGGCGGCAGCAGGUCUCAAGAAGGAUGGCUUCGCCGUAGUCCGAAACUGUGUGGACGCAACCAAGCUGCGGCUGCUGGUCGCUGAGUAUGAAGAGCGGGUGGUCCCAUCAAAGCACAAGUUCGAAGUGCGCCGUGAGCGCCACGGUAUUGAAGGUGAAGAUGGGCUUGACAGAGUCGUGCAUAUCGCCAACAUUCACGAACUUCCAGGUUUGGCACACUUGGCUGCUGAGGAGAGAUUGCUCAAGCUGGCCUCGGCGUGCUUAGCCAACAAAGGUGUUCGUCCGCUUAUCAACGUCGAGCUGUUUGACAAACCACCUUUGGGGAACAGCUCGACAGCAACCCCGCCCCACCAGGACAACUUCUACUUCAGAGCUUCGGAGCCAGGCAUCACGCUGUGGAUAGCUGUGGAUGACAUGGAUGACUCGAGUGGCACCUUGCGCUAUGUUAGUGGAAGUCAUUUGGCAGGUUUGCGUAUGCACGAGUGGGACUGGGGCCCAGCUGGCUUCGCCAAAAAUAUUUACGAUUACUGCGAUGCCGAUGAUGAACUGGAGCGAUCACCUGGGCACUUAGAUCCCGGCGAUGUUGUUGUACAUCAUGGACUGACCAUCCAUCAUGCUUCAGCCAAUCUCACCAACCACCGGCGAAGAGCUGUGGCCGUCAAUUACGUAGCAGAACAUGUCGCUCACAGCAUCGUGGAUGACUUGUACCAGCCUUCCCUUAUCUUCGACAUCCAAAGGGAGAGGCUAUUGAAUGCUGCCGUAUCCGACUGGCCUGAGAGGCAGGUGCUGGCAGUUACGUCUGUCCGGUGCGCUCUCGGACGACCACACUUCUCGUCGCGUAUUCCUGGUACGGUGACCAUUGAAGACGGCAAGCUUGCGGUACGCAUAGAUGGGUGUAUGAACGAAGCAAUCCAGGCCCUGAUUGAUUCUGGUCAUGCUGUGCGUGGAAAGCCACGGAGUCUUGAGAAUGUUCCCGUGUCCCAGAAAGCUACCAGCUACAGCGGCGUGUGGAUUCUGAAUGAUGCUGAGCUAGAAGGAAUUUGGGUCCAGAGCUCUUGUGGCAUCUUCGUGGACAUCUGCACGCCAAUGUUUUUGCAGAAGGUUGAAAAGCCGAUUGACCACGCCGAUCUUGCGAAACAGCAGGCUGCAGCAGGUAUGUUGCUGGAUGGUUCGGACAAGGUUGACAAAGAUCACCUGGUAAGCUUCCAAUGCUCCCAGCCGCGUUCGCGGAGAAGGAAACUUUACAAACACGAGGACCGGGGUACUGAGCUUUUCGAGGAAGUGCUGACGGGACCAGGCCAAAGCAAGGUUGCCUGGCAACGGGUGGAACACGGGAAGGGCACAGUGCUGCAAUUGGAAGAUGGAAGUCCAGGUUGGUGGGUGGUCUGUGGCAGCUGGUGGGGAAGAAUCCUGGGCAGGGAAGAAAACGACGUGGUGAGGCAUGUCAGCUGCAGAUCUCUCUGGCAUCUCAUCACCACAUACUCAGAAGAGCUCGGCCUGGACGAGAACGUCGCACUCUGUGGCUUUCAUGCGACAUUUGGACGCAUCGAGAAGCCAGGCAUAUGGCGAGUUGUUCAAGAUCUAGACCCUUCUCAAGUCGGGCCGUGGCCUUAUGUCCUAGUGCAUCAUAGACAGUCUCGCGGCAUGUUGAGCGGUCAGUUUUAG